AUGGCCUCCCCACCCCGAAGUCAGGAUGAGAGGAAGAAACGCACCUUCAGGGACUACACGAGCCAGAAGAUCACCCUUGAGGCCGUGCUGAACACGGUGUGCAAGAAAUGUGGCUGCAAAGGUCACUUUGCCAAGGAGUGUUUCAUGCAGCCUGGAGGGACCAAAUACAGCCUCAUUCCAGAAGAGGAGGAAGAGGAGGGGGCAGCAGCAGGACAGGAAGGAGAUAAAAAGACCAGCCAGGCUGAGGAGCCUUCAAAGAAAAGGAAAAAGGAGAAGAAGAAGAAGAAGCACAGGGCCAAGCAAUCCUCGGAAUCAGACUCGUCCAGCUCGUCCUCGGACAGUGACGAAGAUCAGCCCUCCAGCAAGAGGCCCAAGCACUCCAAGAAGAAGAAGAAGAAGAAGAAGAAGAAGCAGCACAAGAAGUAGCCUUGGGAGGAACAGGGCGGGCUGGGGCGCUGCCAUGGCUGGUCCCUGUGCACAGCUUGAGGAGCUGGCAGGGAUCAGCCCUUCUGCUCCAGGGACAGGAGGUUCCUGCUCAAAGCAGCCCAAGCUCUCCCUGGAGCCUUUUGUACAGGUGAGCACCCCCAACUCUCCCAGCCCGGCUCCAGAGGGGCUGAUCUGUUCAAGGAAAGAAGCUAAGGAGGGUGUCAGGGAGCAGAGCUGGCCAGGGAGGUGACCAGAUUAACACCUGGUGCUCUUAUAGGUGUUGGCCUUGCUACACGGUGUGCUGUCACCUUGGGCACAGGCUGCCCYUUUCUGUCACAGCUGCUGCCAGCAYGGGCUCAGGACACCCUCCAGGGCACCUCUGCCGUGCAACAGCCUCGUGUUUGGAUCCAUCAGGAGCCUGGCUGCCAUUAGCCUUGUCCCAGUGGCCUGCAGAGSCUGGGCUGGCACAACCAGGCCCACACCGUGCUGGGGACAGGGCUCUGGGAUGGCACCACAAUGCCCUGKCACAGGGCUCUGGGCUGCAAAGCUGCCCCGGCUCCCUUGGUCUCUGCAAACACUGGGAGUGGAGGAGCAAGGAGCGAAUGGGGGAGUGCAGAGACUGGGAGUAAACAUUAACUGUGGAGUGUUUGCUGCCUGGAAAGGGAUGGAAAAUAAAUCUCUGCCCCCUCCAGCUGCACUUUGUACCAGCUCCUUUCUUCUGCACCCUCCACACUUCAUCUUGGGCAGGGGAGAAACAGGACUGGCUGUGUGGAGGGGACAGGAGAAGGUUCUUUUGGGAAGUUCUGGCUGCUUGCCGAGGUUCCCAGGGGUGGGAAGGGGGUGUGUGGUAAGGUAACCCAUAGGAGAAACCUUCUGGAAGGAGCAUAAAUCUUGUAACUGGAGCUGAAGGUCAGGGGAAGGGAUKGCARGAGGAGCGUGCCAGGAGCUCAGCCYUGYCRGGACAGAUGUGCCGAGGGAACGGGGAAGGAGCGGCUCCUGUGGGCUCUGGCUCUGCAGGGAGCUGAGGAUGGGGCUGGCACUGCCCGUUGGCAUCGCAGGAGCAGGAGAUGGGCUUGCUGCUGCAGCCGCUCCCUUUUCCCUUUUCCCUUCCCUGCGCUUUCCGUCCCUGUUCCUCAUCGCUGCAUCCCACUUUGGGGCCAGUUCCCUUCCCAAACCCGGGGAGUUGAGAGCUCAGCACCUUUUUUCCAGGUGAGUCCGUGGUCCUGCCCCGGUGCUGGGGCUCCCUCCCGCCCCACUAGAGCAUUCCUGGAUCCCGGGGAAGGGAGGGAGCAUUCCUGGAUCCCGGGGAAGGGAGGGGGCAUUCCUGGAUCCCGGGGAAGGGAGGGRGCAU